GAAUUAGAUGAGACGAUUCUUUAUUUAAUAGACUUUUUAACAAACAAUAUAUCAGAAAUUUAUAAUUUUGGUACAAACUCUACACCCAAUUUCUAUUAUGUUCAUGAUGUUUACAAUCCAUUAGUUGCUUUUAAUGAUAUUAUUUAUUUUUAUUUUUUAAAUAAUGACUGCCAACCUUUUUCUAUCAGCUAAAAAAAAUUUAUCAACAAAUCUAUAACUGUGUAAUUCUAUGUAAUGGACAAUCCUUACUUUAAUUACUAAAAAACAGGAGAAAUCUUCAUAUUUCACUAGUCUUUUAUAUAAGUCUAUAGCUUUGAUUUAUCUCGAAAUGAGCUCUAUAAUUUCGGUAUAAAUUAUCCAGAAGCAAUUAAUGGUUAUUAUAUUCAAGUUUUUAAUGAUAGAUAUGUUUUUUAUUAUGAUCAAAGCUAUUUUUAUAGAUUUGACAUGGAAUUAAAGCAAUUUAUGAGAAUAGAUGCUAAAACUGAUGCCUCUUUAUAUGCAGAAAAAGCUAUUUAGUUUUAUUUUUUAGAUGAGAAUUUGUAAUAUAUUCAAAAGUCUGAAAAUAUAAUAGAUACAAGUAAUAUGGUUAUUAUUAAAAGUUAACUAGAAGAUUGCUAUCUACUAGGGAGUAUAGAAAAUGAUGACAAUACUUAAAUUCAUAGUUUUUCAUCUUAAGAUGGAGUUUUUUGGAUUAAUAAUUUAUUCAACAAUCCAUUUAGCAUUUAUAAUUUUAAAUAAAAUUAUGUAAUUUAAGAUAUUAAUUUACAAAAUAAUAAAAUUGCAUUAUAUGAUAAUUUCACAUAAAAUUUAAUCAUUUACGACGUUAUUAAAACUAAUAAUGAAUUAGUUUUUAUAAAAUUAAAUUUUACAUUUGAUCUCUCAAUCGUUAUUGUUGAUUGGAAUUUAGUAUCCUUCAUAUGGGUAAAGGAAAACGUCUUUUAUCUAUAAAAUACAUAAAAUGAGCCACAGACAUAAAUAAUUAUAAAAUUAGAAUCUAAUGUUCUUAAGUACGAGUACUGUUUAAAUUAGUAAAUUUUAGUUGCUCUCACUUUUAAUAAAAUGAUAUACUCAAUAAAUGUCUUGGAAAAGACAUAUAAAUUCAUAGAAUAUAGCUUCUAAUAUUCUUAUCCAAGCUUUUUUGUUCAAUAGAUAGCAACUAGGAAUGACUUAAAAUGUUUACUAAAAUAUACCUUUGAUAAGUAAGUAAGACUAGUUAGUAGUAGUUUUUUUUAACUAAAAUGUCAAUUUUUUUAGCAAAUAGGACUUUCAAAGUUCUAACUAUUUGUUUGAGUAUAGAUAUAAUAAUACAAGCUUAUUCUAUGAUGGCGAUCAUAAAAUAUUGAUUGGAUUAACAGGGUCAUUAAAAUAAGUAAACAUCAUUAAUAUUCCAGGAAAUUAAUAAUUAUUCCUUUAUCAAUGUGUCGCAUAAUUUG